ACAGAUGCUGCCGUGAUGCCUAGGUACGAAUGCUUCGGAGCGCCCCCGCAACGAUCGCAAUCCCAACUAACAUUCUAUCCGAUCCCAGAGAAAUCAUCACCAUCCAGGCAGGCCAGUGCGGCAACAGCAUCGGCAGCCAGUUUUGGCAGCAGCUCUGCCAAGAACACGGCAUCAAUCAGGACGGCAACCUCGAGGAUUUCGCCACGGAAGGCGGUGACCGCAAAGAUGUCUUCUACUACCAAAGCGACGACACCAGAUACAUCCCUCGCGCCAUCCUGAUAGAUCUCGAGCCCCGCGUCAUCAACAGCAUACAGACCGGCCCCUACAGGAACAUCUACAACCCGGAGAACUUUUACGUGGGCAAAAGCGGCGUCGGCGCGGGAAACAACUGGGGCGAUGGCUACCAGACCGGCGAGGCCGUCCACGAGGAGAUCAUGGAGAUGAUAGAGAGGGAAGCGGACGGCAGCGACUCUCUGGAGGGCUUCAUGCUGCUCCACUCCAUCGCCGGCGGCACAGGUUCCGGCCUCGGCUCCUUUCUCCUCGAACGAAUGAAUGACAGGUUCCCCAAGAAGAUCAUCCAAACGUACUCGGUGUUCCCCGACACCACGAAUUCGGGCGACGUCGUGGUUCAUCCCUACAACAGCCUUCUCUCCAUGAGGCGGCUGACGCAAAACGCCGACUCGGUCGUGGUUUUAGACAAUGGAGCGUUAUCCCAUAUCGCGGCCGACCGACUACACGUCCAAGAACCAUCGUUUCAGCAGACGAACCAACUCGUCUCGACCGUCAUGUCGGCCAGCACGACGACGCUACGGUAUCCCGGCUACAUGCACAACGACCUCGUCAGCAUUCUAGCCUCUCUGAUACCGACGCCGCGCUGCCAUUUCUUGAUGACCGCUUACACCCCCUUCACCGGCGAUCAGGUCGAGCAGGCUAAGACCGUACGGAAGACUACAGUAUUAGAUGUCAUGCGACGACUGCUGCAACCAAAGAACCGCAUGGUGUCCACCAUACCGGGGAAGAAGAGCUGCUAUAUUUCCAUCCUCAACGUGAUCCAAGGCGAGGUCGACCCGACGGACGUGCAUAAGAGUCUUCUACGUAUCCGCGAGCGAAGACUGGCUACGUUCAUACCUUGGGGCCCGGCGAGCAUCCAGGUUGCUCUGACGAAACGCAGCCCGUAUAUCCCGAUGAGCCACCGUGUGAGCGGCCUCAUGUUGGCCAACCACACCAGCAUCGCAACACUAUUUAAACGCAUCGUCCGCCAAUACGACGGCAUGCGGAAGCGCAAUGCUUUUAUCGAUAAUUACAAGAAGACGGCGCCCUUCUCGGAGAAUUUCCACGAAUUCGACGAGGCGAGGGAGGUGGUGACAGACCUGAUCGCCGAGUAUGAGGCCGCCGAAGACGCCAAUUACCUCAAUCCCGACGACGGAGAGAAGGCCACGUCCGGGGAGACGGAUAAGAGAGUGGCGUAGCCGAAGCCACGCCCGAGAAGUAGAGGUUACACGGUUUAUUUUCGCGUUAGGAAAGCAUUGGUAGUUUCGCGGCCCAGAUGCUUGACAGGCAUGACCUAUGUUAGUGUGGUGUUCCGGCGUUAUUGGUCCGAUGUCCGACACGGGCACGGUAGCAGGCGAAUACGACGCCCUGAGCUCGCGAGGAUACCAGCAUGAUAGCAAAGUCAACCACGAUUACAUGUAGAAGCUAUGAGAACGAUGACAGAACUUAGUGUUCGGACACCAUCCCCUCCCAGUGACAACAUCGUGACUUACCUAAUCGACUCCGGUAGAAGACGCAAUAAAUUCCGAAGUGCCAGGUCACAGUCCCGAUUUGGCAAUCCUCCACGUGCCUCAUUGGUCAAUGUGACGUCAACCUGCAAGAUGGACCUGUCACAUCUCUGAUGACGUCAAGAUCUCGGCCCAGGUACCGAGGUAUAUAU